AUGUCAAGAGCGCUUAGUUUUAGAGAAGAUUCAGUUAAACUCGAUGAUCCAAUCUCUAAUUUAAGUGAAAGAGUGUCAAAAAAAGAGUAAAUUCAAAUGAAACGAUAAUUAGAUAUUAUGCUUAAUCGAGUUAAAUUACUUGCUAUCCAAAAAUCAAAAUUGUACAUUUAAACUUAAUUUAGACAAACAAAACAGUAAUAAUCUGAAGACAGAAUUGAAUUUCUUAAUAAUAUUAGAAGUUAUAAUCAUUCGCAUUUUGAGAGAGUAUUGAGUUUAUAAUUCGGUAGGUUCAAAAAAACAAAGAGAUGAGAAAUCAAUCUCUGCAACUCUACAGGGAUAUUAAAAUGUAACAAAAAUAAGAUUAGAUUAAGCUUUAACAGCAAAUUCGUCUUUCUAUUUAAUAAUAAAAACAAUAAAAAUUUUAAUAAAUGAAACUAGAAUCAUUACAAUAUGAUAAAUUUAUUACUCUUUAAAGAGAGAGAUCUAAAUCUUUUAAUGUUGAGAAAAAGCAUAAAGUUUAAUUACAAGAACAAUAAAUAUAAUAAAAUCUGGAACAAUUUAAACAACUAAAAAAACAGUAACUCAAAUCCUAACAUAAUUAAGUUGUCUUAAAUAAUUAUCUGUAAAAAGCAAAUGAUUUUGUGAAAAUAAAUAAAUUAUGGGACUUGGAGAAAAGUAUGUUGGAUUCUUUGAGAAGCUCUACAAAAUCAAAAUUUAAAAUCUCUUUAACAAAAGCUUGA